AUGCAAACUAUUGGCACCAUAAAAAAUGAUGCCAUCAUUAAAUUAAACGAGGCUAAAAGGAUUUGCUUUGUGGCAAACCAAAACCUGGCAGACUCGUUUGAUCAGCUUGCUAGGAAGGAGAAGCUGACACUAGAACUCUCUUUUAUUGUCAAAUCUUUACGAAAUCAUUUGAGAAUAUUUGAGUCACUAAAAAGAUCAGUUUCAUUAUGCAUAUCAGACGUUUCACGGAAAAAGUCUCUGUAUUUUGUUGAAUCUAAGCAAAAGAUUAAUAGACUUGAAAAAAUCUACGACCAGAUGAAAUCUAUAAAGGUGGACCCGUCUCUUUGUGUCACUAAAAAUUGCAACGAAAAUAGAACGUUAUACGACUAUAUAAAUAAUGACCAUAUCAGUGAUAUAAUAAGCAAGAUGGAUAACCAUUUUGUGCUCAUUGAUAGCCUAGUGGACUCUAAAAUAAUGGAAAACAUUAUUGUCAGAUUUCAAAAUGAAUCUAAUUAUCUAUACAAUGAGUGGGAAUCCAUAAACUCGUUUUACCAAAAGUAUUUCAUCAGAAAAGAAAAUGAGAAGGAGCUUGAUGGCCUAGUAAAAAACAAUACCGAGCUAGAGGCCGAAAUCAUCGAUAUCUUGAAAGAUUUGAACACUCACUUGGACAAUUGCAUCAAUUACGAAUUGCAAAAUAGUAAGAAUGAUGCGUUCUAUGACUUGAUGCAGAAGCAGAGCGCCCAAAAAGCAGCAUCAAUGGACAUUCUACAGAGUAAUUGUGAUAUCAUUUCCCAGAAUUGUAAAGACAUUGAAAAGUUUGUUAGCAUAUUUGAGGAUUUCCGAAAUAAGCUAAUCAAGUGUUUCAAGGAAAUAAAGGACUUCUCAGCAAACGUAUUGGAAAAACAAGUACAAAAUAAUCUACUGAAGAUCACCAGAGAAAUCAAGGCCCACUUUGACACACUAAAUGACUAUAAAGAAGAUAUAAUUCAGUUCUCUGAAGAUUCUUUGGAUUUCAUUGAUUCAUAUUACUAUCUCGUUCUAGAAGUAGAUCGCCGUUGUGCUUUGAAUAAAAAGGUGCAGAACUUGAUCAACGAUUUUGAAAGCGAGUUGAAGACAUUACAAGAAAAUGAUUCAAUAAAAAGGAACCAGUUUAUGAGCGACCAUGCAGCGUUCCUCCCGCAGAACUUGGCAGACUUUGACAUUAUAAAUUCCAAGUUUCCUCAGCUUGAAUUGAGCUACACUCUUGAAAACCUACCAAGUUUGAGGAAAAGCAUUGUUGAGGAGUCUAUAAAUAAAUUGAAAGCUAGUCAUACAGAUAUCAGAUAA